CUUUUAUUCAGAAACACUUCUGCUUUUUUGAAGUAUGACUUUGAAUGUAUUAGCUCAAAGAGGAAAUGCUUCGCUGGACGGUUCAGAGGACUCAAAUCAGGCAGCAGUGACUUGUACAUGUUAACACCAGGUUUAAAAAGGCAACCAGACGGCAGUGGAGAUGGCGGAUUAUAUUAAUGAUGAGUAUGUGAGAAACUCAAGACACACACAAAGACAGAGAACUGGAGACACCAUUCAAACAGAGAGAAGACUCUGUAAACUGGCCUACUUCAGCUUUUGCCUGCUGUGCCUUCUACAAGCCAUUCUUAAUAUUUCUUUGCGCCUCACAGGGAGUGAAGACAGCAGUAACCUGUCCAAGGAGAGAGACAAGCUGCAGAGCAGUGUCAGUCAACUAAAAGAACUCAACUACAACCUGACCCAAAACAUGAGCCAGUUAGAGACCAUUAACAGGAACCUCACACGAGAAAAAAAUGAAUUACAGGCUCAGCUUUCAAAGGUGUUGGCAGAUAUAUGUACAUAUGGGAACAGAUUUGAUGGCAGCUGUUAUUUGUUCUCCAUCACACGAAAAAACUGGUACGACAGCAAAGCAGAAUGUGAAAAACUUGGUGCCCACCUGGUGAUUAUAACUAGUGAAGCUGAACAGAACUUCACCACCAGCAAGAUCAGUGAGGGACACUGGAUUGGUUUGACUGAUGAAGAGGAAGAAGAUACUUGGAAAUGGGUAAAUGGAGAGCCACUGAACACAAUGUACUGGUUGAGGGGUGAACCAAAUAACACUGGCAACAAUGAAGACUGUGUUAUUAUUUUACCAUUUAACUCUCUGCGUAACUGGAAUGAUCUUAAUUGUCAGCGGUUUUCCCGUAGAUGGAUCUGUGAAAAGGAAAUAAAUCAAUGAAAUUACUAUAUUAAAUCAGAGUUCCACAUGGGUGCGAGUGAGAUGAAGAUGGAUGAUGAACUGCUGCAGCCCCCAAAACAGGAGCAGCCAAAAGAAAAAGGAGACUUCUGAUUGGUUCCAGAUUUUUCUUUGUCUGAAACUUGUUACAAAAUCCUGAUGUUUGUUCUCU